AUGGAUGACAUGAGCCCGUUUUCAACUAAUCAGUGGAUACAAGAGUAUCCCACCGCAGAGAUGACUCAAUCCGGUGGUGAACCCUCUGAUGAUACAAGCAUAGCGGUCCAUAGAGAUUCGAGCCAAGGAACCAUUGACCAGACUGGUCCAAAGCCGAUACGCAGGAAGUCAAGAGCUUCCCGGAGAGCACCAAGCAUUGUCCUGAAUGCUAGCCCGACUGAUUUCAGGGCCUUGGUUCAACGGUUCACCGGAUGCGAUAGUGGAGUUAACGUGGGUUCAGGUUUUGUUUUGGAUCCAGUUGUGAAUUUACCAAAAGGUCCUCUCAACAUAGACUUCGCAAAAAAAGAUAUAAGUACUGAAAGUUCAUCACGGUACUCAUACUUUGAUAAUCAGGUGAGCUCAACUCUCCAAGGUGAGCAAAUGCAAUCAGUUGGUGGCUUUGAUAUGCAGGUUGGCUAUGGAAUGGAGAAUGCUUCUCUUGUUUAUGAUGAAUCAACGUUAAUGGCAACACGAAGAGAUGGUGCCAGCCAUGAUCAGUAUCAUCUUUAA